GUAGUGUAGAAAUACUAGGAGACCUGGUAUAGGGAAGUGUGUCAGUCAUGUCGGGCAGGGAGGAAGGCACGCAGGAAAAAGAUGAAGAAGAGGAGGAAGAUCGACAGAGAAUGAGGGAUGCGGCGAGACAUGUUCUCCAGAGUCAGAGUGAGGCUCAAGAGGAUUCAAGGGAACAUCAGCAAGUUGAUUUAAAUGAAAUAGGUGUGCGGUUAGAGAGUCCUCUAAAUGGAGCCCCGGUUAAUGGAGAACAAAAUAUUCAGAAUAUUGAAUUACCAACUUAUGAAGAGGCUAUGAAAAUAACUGACACCAGCGUGGAUAUAGACACUGGGCGAGUGGAUAUAGACACUGGACGACCUGACUCAGGACUUCGACUCAGAAGAGAUCACUCUCAGGAGGAAAAUGGUUUCUCUGUGCCAGCUGCAUCAUAUCUUACUGACAAGGAGACGUCAGACAAAGAAGGAGGAGAUAAGUAUGUGGUGUCAGGAGAGGAACCGACCAAUUCCAGACGGUACAGCCAGAUGUCUAUAGAAGCUGAGGUGGAUGGUGGUCAUCGUGAGGAGAGGUUGAGUGUUUUUGAGGUUGAGGAAGGAUCACGAGAUGAGAGAGAUGAGUCUGGAUCUCGACUCCAGAGGUUUAUCCAUCGGCGGAUGCAGAGUAUCUCGUUUAACAAGCUCUGCUGUGCCGUGAUUCUGGUCACUGGGGUGCUCUCUCUCAUUGUCUUCCUGGGAGUCUUCCCAGCAAGCUUUGUUUACCUUGACUACUAUCAGAUUGCUCUGAAGUAUAACAAAAUCACGGGGGUGGUUGACAGAUCGACCACGUACGAGUUUGGCUGUUACAUCCUGGGGCCCAGUGUGGGGUUUCUGGAGUUUGAUGGGACUGCCCAUACUGUGUCCAAAACUCACGGUGUCUUCACUGUGGACAAAAUGCCAAUCACAAUCUCCUACCAUGUGCAAUAUUUUCUGAGAGAGAAAGAGGUUGGUGUUUUACACAGUGAGUUUGGGAUGGACUAUGAUUCAGUCAUCAGGAGUGUGAUAGAAAGUGAAAUCAAGAACGCGGCUGUUCCCUACAGCGUCGACCAGUUCCGACUACAGCGAUCCGUUUUGGAAAAAUAUUUCCACAGGAAGCUGAAAUACAGAUUAGAAGGAGACUGCUGCCCUGCCUGUUGCCCCAGCAGUUGUAACAACUUCACAGCCUGCUCCCUGUGUCCACCACCGAGCACCUGUAGCCAGGGGUUCCACAUCAAUGUGGAGUACUUCCACCUCGGACAGGUGGAUAUACCAUCGCAGGUGACAGAGAGAUAUCUCACCAGGACUCUGUUAAAGGAGUAUGCAGACCGUGAAUAUUUCAUACAGAAUAAAGUGAUAGAGACCACAAAGACUCUCAGACUGACCAAGGAGAUCAGGAACACAGCACAAGAAAUCCAAGAGGCAGCAAAUGUUGAGGCUCAGAAGAUCGGCGUAGUGUCCACUGCUAACUAUGAGGCCAACUUGACCCAGGCCACAAUCUCGGGUCUGUCCGGCAUGUUCAGUACACUGAAGGUCACACAGGAGGAUCACAAGCUGUCACUCAUGAUGAUACGGGCACUGGAAGACGUCGCCGUAAAGGGAAAUCUGUACCGGACAUACGGUUAUGACAAUGAGACCAUGUCUCUGUAUACUAAGGGCAUGUCUAUCAGUUAGCCUCCCUGUAGACAAGGAUAUGUCUCUGUAUACUAAGGGCAUGUCUAUCAGUUAGCCUCCCUGUAGAGACGGAUAUGUCUCUGUAUACUAAGGGCAUGUCUAUCAGUUAGCCUCCCUGUAGACAAGGAUCUCUGUCUAUCAGUUAGCCUCCCUGUAGACAAGGAUCUCUGUCUAUCAGUUAGCCUCCCUGUAGACAAGGAUCUCUGUCUAUCAGUUAGCCUCCCUGUAGACAAGGAUCUCUGUCUAUCAGUUAGCCUCCCUGUAGACAAGGAUCUCUUCUCUGUUCAUUUUAGCUCACUUUGUUCUUUCCUUUACCCUCGUUGUAAUUUGUCUGUUUUCUUGAAUUCUACAUUUACAUUUAUGCUUUUUCUUUAUAACUCAGGAUAUGUACAUGUAUCAGAUUAGUUUACUUGUUACACACCUUAUUUUACGUAUGUGUAAACUAAAUGCAGCAAAUUCUCUGUAUUUUUAUACAUAUUAUGUCCCAUGAACAUUUGGAAAAUCUGUGUUUAUAUUGCUAUUAUUAGAUUUUUGCAUGUAGGUACAUGCACUUCUCUAAUUAACAUAGUUUUAGGAAAUUCUAUUUGUGAUAUGAAAAAAAUAUGUGCAUCGUUAAUUACAUGUAUUAUAUGUAUAAGAUUUAUGAAAUAAAGGCAAAUUUGUAUAUUAACUCAGAACUGAGCAGCAUUUUUAAUAUAACCAAUCUUCAUAGUACCAUAGAUUUGUGUGGACCUCAUAGAUAUUUCUUAGAUUUUUUACUACAUGUAUGUAUUAUUAAAACCUAUUUGCUUCAGAUGGAAACAUAAAAUUCAAAUUCACUUUGCAUGAAAUUAUGGUUUACUUCAAUUAUGGAUCUGUAUUUCCUUUUUCUUACAAAUUGAAUGUUAAAAUUGACACAGCUGAAAAAUUACUACAAUUAACUUUGUGUACUCUUAUGUUUUGUUAAUCAUUUUAUUUUUAAUAAAGCUAAGGCGUGUUUAGCAGAACAGGUGCUUGCGAGGGCUCGCCAAAAUAUGUGUUGCAUGUAUAGGGAAUUUUGACAAGUGCUCGCAAGCAUCUGCUAUGUUGAACAUGCCUCUGCUAUUAAAACCAAUAUUUUUUUCUUUAACAACGUAUCUUUCAUUAUUUAUACCAAAGAAAGUGCUUUACUAAUAUAAUCAUGUUAAGAUGCUGUCACUGUGUUAUUUUUCAUCUGAUUUUCCAUCCGAUUUUCUCAUCUGAUCCACUUUCAACUAAAAUUGUACUGAGUGACCACUGAUAAGUCUAAAGUCGAAAGCAAAGUCUGAAAGUUGAUUGAAAAUCUGAUGUCUGCCGAUUUUCAAUCGACUCUCUGGUGAAACCGUGACGUCACAUUGACUUUUCCCACACACAAAAAAUAUUGAAUGGGUUUUAUUAAUGGAAAAUCAGUUGUAAAUCGUAUCAUGUUACCACCUCAACAAUCAACUCCAAUCAACUUACCUGAGCAAGGCGAUUGAAAAUCAGAUGAAAAAUUGCAUUGUGUGACCGCAGUCACUAUGAGUAAGGGUGCUAUCUACAUUGACUUGUAUUUUUUAUAAAAUGUAUAUGUUGCAUAUAAUGUACAAGUAUAUGUAUGUUUGUCUAUACCUAUUAAAAAAUAAAUGUAAAUUUUUA